GUUAGCUAAUAAUACUAAUUAAAAAAUACCUGAACAAAAUAUUCUCUGACACAUACUUACAUACAUACACAAAAAUGGAUGUUAAUAAAGUUGAUGAAGAUAAUCCACGUAGUAUCAACGAUGGUGAUUGGGUCUGUCCAGAUUCUCAGUGUGCUAAUGUCAAUUUUGCAAGACGAAGCUCUUGUAAUCGUUGUGGAAAAGACAGAGGUGAAUGUACAAAGAAGAAAAAGUUGGGACAAGAAAUUGGUAAAGCAGCUGCAGAAAAAAGUAGAGGAUUGUUUAGUGCAGAUGAUUGGCAAUGUAGCAAAUGUGGUAACGUGAAUUGGGCACGUCGACAACAAUGUAAUAUGUGUAAUGCACCUAAAUUUGGUGAAAUAGAAGAACGUACUGGAUAUGGUGGUGGUUACAAUGAUCGGGGUAUCGUUGAAUAUAAAGAAAGAAGAGAAGAUGACGAUGAUUAUGAUGAAUUUGGUAGACGUAAAAAAAAGAGGAAGAUUGAAAAUCGUUCUGACGAUGAUUCUAAAGAUUCUAGGUACAACAGUCCUUCUCAUUGUAAAGCCAAAGAAGAUGAAAAAGAUGAGAUAGCUGAGGAAGAAGUAGAAAAAGUUAAAGAAAAUGAUAAUGAAGAAGAAGAAGAAGAAGAAGAACAAGCAGAAGAAGAGGAAGAAGAGGAAGAAGAGGAAGAAGAGGAAGAUGAAGAGGAAGAUGAUGAUGAUGACGAUGGAGAUUUAUCAAAAUAUGAUCUUAGUGAAUGGGACACCUUGGGAGCAGUUAAAAAUAGCACAAAUGGAAAUACAGUUACUUCGGAAGAACAACGGUCAAGAAAUGGAGAUGAUUGGCGUGAUUCAGGUACAUCCAGCCACUGAGAAGUUAUGCAGAAGGACAGGCAGAAGAAAAUACUUGGAGCAACAACAACAACAAGUACCCAACUAAUAAUGCGACAAGUUUAGUGAUUUAGUGAGCACUUUUGAAAUUAAGUGGAAGAUGAUAAUAUAAAACUUCUUGCAAAAAAGGAAAUCGAUUGAUGUUAAGCUUUAUAUUUGUGAUCAAAUUAAUAGAAAGAAUGAUGAUAAUAAUGAUCAUGAUAAUAAUAAUAAUAAUAUGAAAGAAAAUACAAAAAAAAAAAAAACUAACUAAAACAACAGAUUGUUCAUCUACGCAAUAUUUGUCAUUUUGCAUGAUUCAAUGCAAAGAAAAAUUUCUAAAUCAUUAAUUAAAGCGUAGAUCUCAAAAUUCUUUGCUAGUCAAAAAAAAAAAAAAGAUUCUAUAAUUUUUGGUGAAUCCCCUCUCUCAUAGAUACAAUUUAUCUUAGAUAAUUGACAUAAGGAAUAUAUACGAUAUGUUAUUUAUAAAAUUGAUUAAAUAUUAAUGGAAAAUUUGUCAAAGCUUUGCAAAAACAAAAACAAAAACAGAAGAAGAUUUCAAAGCACAAAAGAUAAUUGUAAUUGCUUCGAAUUUUCAAUUGUGUUAUUAAUUACAAAUGCACUAGGUCAAUGUAAACAACAUAUCACACUGCUUAAAAAAUUGCUCUCAGUCUGCUUUUAUAAUAUUUUAUUGUUCACCCGCUUGAAAGAAUAUUUUGUUUUUCGGUCUCUAUUAUUUCUUUUUUUCUAUAUAUAUAUAUAUAUCUCUCUUUCUCUCUCUCUCUUUCUCUCUUCUCUAUAUGCAUAGAAUAUCCGAAUAACUAUUACUGUGUAGUAUUAAAUGAAUCAUUCCCUUAUUAAUGAAUUCUCAAAAUGUGUUCGCGUCACACAUCAGAUUGAAAAACAAAA